AUACAGCAAAACGAGACAGCGUGUUUCAGUGUGUGCAGUUGUUGCUUUCGGCUACAACAAACACCAAAAAUAAUAUACAAAUUUAACAUUUAAUGUUCAAAGGUUGUGCCUGCAGCAGACAUACACACGCAACUAAAUAAACAAACAAACAAAAAAGACAACAACAACAACAGCAACAACAGCUAGCUGCAUUUGACAACAAACACAUAGCUGGAAAAUUCUUCUUGGAAGCGAGCGCUCUGUGAGAGCAACAACAACAGCAACAACAGCAGCAGCAGCAGCAACAACAACAAUGACAGCGACGCCGACGUCGACGUCGGCUGCGUCGAGAAAGCAACCUGCAAAUAACGCGUUGCUCAGCGAAGCUUUUACGGUUAAGCGGCUUUUAGCGAUUCUUGUUUUAUUCACACUGCUGCACAGAGCUCAGGCCUUGGAGCUGGGCGACAAGUGCCAGCAUGACAUGGACUGCACAGAUUUCAUCAAGGGCAGCAGCUGCUCGGCGCUGGGCUACUGCGAGUGUGCGCCCUACUUUGUCCAAUUGGACACCAAGCGCUGUUUGUCAUCUCAACUAUUGGGCGGCGAUUGCCAGCUGAGCGAGCAGUGCUCCAUGAAAGUGGCUAACAGCAGCUGCCUGGACGGUGCCUGCCGCUGCGUCGAGGGAUUCUUGCAAUUCCGCAAGCACACAUGUCUGGGACGUAAGUAUCAGACAACUGUUGACCAAUUGUGGCCCUAAUUGCAUGGAAUUUUUCAUAAUUACAAUUACAUUAAUAAUAUCAUUCAACUCUUUGGUGUUUGGCAGAAUUGCAAUAAAUGCUCAAAAAAAAAAUAAUAAUAAUAAUAAUAAGA